ACAAACAGAAAGAAACCAGACAGACGCUGAAUUAAUAUUAUAGGAUCCAGGGGCACGGGAGACCGUUGCAAGGACAAUCACGAAGCUCUGAAAAGAGAUUGCUUACAAAUAAUAUAGAUAGUCAACCACCACAUAUCUGCAGAGGGAAAUCGGGAUACAGACUACUCUGAAGUCAAUUGAACAGAUCAACGCGUCACACUGCAGCCUUGUGACAGGCGGAACUAAAGCCCGCGCCCAUGUGACUGAGAGCUGCAGAAAGAUAUUUCAGUCACCAGGCAUGCACGUGAUGGAGCAUCUACAGCAUACAGAUAUGGCCCAGGAGACAAACCAGAGCCCAGUGUUGUGCGCUAUGGGCUGUGGCUUUUAUGGGAAUCCUAGGACGAGUGGGAUGUGCUCGGUAUGCUACAAGGAGCACCUGCAGAGGCAGCAAAGCAGUGGCAGAAUGAGCCCAAUGGGUCUAGUGGGUACUAGCAGUGUUUCCAAUAGUCCUACCUCAGAAGCUUCCGCUAUCCAGAGACUAGAAGCUAGUUUAAGUAUCUCGGAAGCCACAUCCGCCAGCAUGGCUGACACAUCGAGAGGUAUGCCAGCAGCUUCCUUGCCAGUAACGCAGCAAAUGACAGAAAUGAGCAUUUCCAGAGAGGAAAAAGUCACAACACCAAAAGCUGAGGCAGCAGAACCAGUUUUAACUCAGCCUACUGCAUCAGCUUCCCACCCCAGUGCACCAGGAAGUGAUGAAGCAAAAGCCCCAGAACUGCCCAAAACAAGGAAGAACAGGUGUUUCAUGUGUAGGAAGAAGGUUGGCCUAACAGGUUUCGGUUGUCGCUGUGGAAAUUUGUUCUGUGGACUUCACCGUUACUCUGACAAGCACAACUGCCCAUAUGAUUACAAAGCAGAAGCCGCAGAAAAAAUCAGGAAAGAAAACCCUGUUGUUGUAGCUGACAAGAUCCAGAGAAUAUAAGGCAAAACCUUACCAGGCUGAACAGCGGAUAAAGGACAUUUUUUUAAAUUAUUAUUCUGAUCUCAAAUCCUAUUCAGAGCAGAUGCAUGAACAAUUUUUUUUUUUUUUUUUUUUUUUAACUUUUGGUGUAUGUUUUUGUUUUUCCUUCUGGUUUGAAAAAAAAAAAAAAAAAAAAAAACUGCAGCCCCGGAUAUUUCAGGAGAUCUGAAAUACUGUCCUACAAUUUAUUUUUGUCCUCAAACUCUUGAUAGAUCUCCUUUGAAACCUGCAUUCAUCUUCGUGCCAAAAAUGGAAUUGGAUAUUCAUCAUAUUCAUAGUCAUAUUCAUUGUUUUGCUUCUUUUUGUAAAGCAAAGCUAUGAAAAUUGUGUUUCUGUUUGAUUGGAUCGAUGUCUAAAUACCAACUUUAUUACUGCUAGAGUUACAGAGGCAGACCUGAGAUACACAAUGCUUGUUCUGUUCAUUGUUUUACAGUUGUAGUCUGACAAAGGCGUGGCACAUCUAAACACAGAUGAUCCAUCUUUGAUGUCCUUGGUCUUUUCUUCAUUAACAUAACAUAUUCAACCAAGAAAAAUCUUUAUACCACCCUGCUGCUUUCUUAAUUGUCUGACUGCAUCUGAACAAGUAGUUAAACAUGUUUUGUCACUGGUCAAUUUGUAGCGAUACCUUAAAUAAUACUUAUUGAUGUUUCAAAAACAUGCCUGUAAUUUCUAAGGCAUUUCUCCCUGGUGGUUCCCUUCCAUUGAAAGCUUAAAGUAUUAUUUUGCUAACAAUGUACAAUGACAUCUUGGUUCAUAGAGCUAUUUUGAAAUGAGUGGGGAUAGUGACUAAUAUAUGCAUAUAUAUGCAGCAUAUGCAUUCUUAUUGUAGUUAUUAAUUUUGUGAUGCAUAUUUGAUGCCUGGAACAGUGCCCAGUAGUCUGCCUUUUACUAGGGUAUAGAAGUUAGGUAUUACUGGAUGUAGCUCUGCAACCCAUGCUAUAUAACAAUGUACAAUAUCUGACAUUAAGAAAUGGCAAUAUACUAUAAUAAUGGGUGUUCAAUAUUUUCACUUCUGUUCAAAAUUAUUUUAUUUUUAAAUUUGUAUGAUGUGUAGAGGUUGUGCUGAUACAUAUAUAACAUUUAUGUGUGUAUAUAGGUAUGCGAGACACACUGUCACUCAUACACACCUAUUUAUUUGUAUACACGGGGUACGAUGACAAUAGCUAAACAACAUUUUCUUUGAUUUCACAACCAUCUCUAUUACUCUAGGGUGUCCAUUGGGAUUAAUGACCAAGGUAUUUAAAACUAAAUGUGUUCUCGCCUCAUUACCAUAAUGUUUUAAUUGGACCCAUAGUGUUGUGUGCAUGGUUCUUUGACCAGGAUGAAGUUCAUUAGGCUCAACACUAAAAGAUUAUUUUCCUGUAUUCCCAGUAAUAUGAACUCCCUGUUCCCAUGUAUUUUUUCCAUGUGCUGCACAGAAGGGGUGUCUGAGAUUUUGGUAGGAUCCUACUGCAUGUAACAAAGCAAAGGAACCUUUUAGUGUUUUGACAGGGUUAAUGAGCAUCGAGGCAGGAAGAAAUAAACUAACGGGUGAAAAUAAAGUCUUGGAGAAAAAUUGAAAAAGA